AUGAGUGCCUGAGAGAUGUUAAGUGAAUGGCAAUGAAUAUAUAAAAUAUCACGUAAGAAAUCAUGCACUCUGAUGAAAUGAAGGAACUAAAUGGAGGAUAUUCCAAGUUGAGUGUUAAAGAAAAGAGAAAGCAUCUUGGCAGACACCUUUGGGAGGAUUUUGUAGAAAAUUCAUCAUUACAUGGCCUACAUUACGUGUUUAAAAAACGUCCAGGAUUACAACGCUUUAUUUGGCUUAUUCUGCUCGGUUUUAUGUUUUCUUUAUUCAUAUGGCAAACUUCAACAAUUGCUCUGAAAUAUUUGGAAUUUGAUGUGACCAGUUCCAUUGAAUUGGUAACUGAAGAAGAAGUAAAAUUUCCAGCCAUUACAUUUUGUAACUUCAACAAAUACAGAAAAAGUUUUAUUAAAGACACAGACUUUUACAAAGUAAUUGAAAAAGCAUACCGUCUUUAUGAAAACGAGAACAACAGUGUCGAUUGGACAAAAUACCCCAAAGUAAAUGAUUUGAAUAUGACAACAUUCAUUUAUGAAGUAGGCCAUCAAAUGGACUAUGACGAUAAAACUAAGAAAGGAAUGCUUUAUUAUUGCACAUGGAAAGGAGAAAUAUGCGAUAAAACAUAUUUUAAACCGACGUUCACAGACAUGGGUCUUUGUCACACGUUUACUCCAGAGAAAAGCAACAACAAUAACGUAGCUGCUCCAGGCAAACAUUCUGGACUACAUCUCAAGAUGUCAGUGGAACAAUCAGAAUACAUUGGAUUUCUCGAGUUUUCAGCUGGAUUAAAAAUUAGAAUACAUGAUCCAGAUGAACUUCCUCUGGUUUCAGGAUUAGGUUUUGCAGUAAUGCCAGGAUCUCAUGUUUAUGCAAGUAUUACACGACAAAGGACAAUUUCGUUAAAGUCUCCUUAUAAAACAAUGUGCGAAGAUAAAAAACUUCCAGGAGUGAAAAAAUAUACUAUUGCUGCUUGUUAUGAAGUUUGUAAACAAACCUACAUUGCAAAAACAUGCAAAUGUCAACCAUUUUAUAUGAGAGAUAUAAAGUACAAGCCAUGUAACGUUAAACAAUAUUUAAGCUGUGUGUUUCUCUUGGAAGAAAAAUAUUCCAGUUCGUUGGACAGUCAUAAAUGUGAAUGUUCUGAAUCAUGUGACUCAAUGAAAUAUGACCCGUAUCUUUCCUAUGGCUCCUUUCCCAAUGUCGCAUCAGCAGCACUUUAUUCAACUUCCGAAAAUACAACAUUAGAAACUUUCAGGACAAAUAUGGUUGCAAUUGACAUCUUCUACGAAGAUCUGAAUUACAAAUCUCUCCGACAAGAUCCAGCAUAUACCAUACAAAGUUUACUGGGUGAAAUUGGUGGCUUAAUGGGUUUGUUUCUUGGUGCAAGUAUUUUGACCUGGACGGAGUUUCUUGAUGUUGCAGUCAUGAUGAUUUUGACUCGCCUUGGCAUUCAUAAAUAAUUUUCAAGUUUUCACUGCGUGAAGAUUUGUGCAAAGCUGGUAGUGGGAUACGUCAAUUUUUCGCAGAACUCUUUCGUAAAUUAGAACGAGGGAACACUCUAACUUAGUUAGAUUAUUGGAAAUAGCUAAUCAUUUAUAUGCAUGCAAAAGGCAAUUAGCCACUUUUUUCAUAAUCAAAAUCUUUUAUCACUUGAUCAUUUGUAGACACGAAAGCAUCCAAAUCAAAGAUCUUAUUUAUUUUUUUUAAUGCUUUGCUUAUUCGCACGCACGUAUAGAUCUUGGAGCUUAAGAAUAAUGUUUUUUUUUAAAUAAUUUGUGAAUGAAUAGAAUAUUAAAUGUACAGAGUGAUGAGAGAAUAAAGAUUUUGUUUUCAUUCA